AUGUUCGGAACUUACAACCAACAUUUUAACCUUUGCUCUCUCGUUUUUCUAAUCACAUUUUUAUCAUCAGCUGCUUUAUUUUGUAAUGACUUAACAUCAACUGAUGACUUGAAUACACCAUGUUUUCUUGCACCAUCAAACACAAAUCCAAUUACUUUACGUACAUCAACCAAUAGUCUAGUUUUGCCUUGCCAUGUCGCUCGUUCAAAACACUCGCUCGUCGAAUGGUGGUACACCGAUAACCGAAGAGGAGUUGACACAAAAAUCUAUCCAGUCUAUCCACCAGCUCGUCCAACAGUUCUUCGUUUCGUCACAAGUUUAACACCAUAUUCGAAGAAUUUGAACGAAACAGACAUCAUCGAUGCCUCAAUUUUAUUACCCUAUAUCAAUGUUGAUGAUAGUGGUACUUACUAUUGUAUUGUCCGUUCAUUACCAGUCGAUCCAGUCGAACAAAUGGAACUUUUAGUUAUUAACGAUAAUCUGAAAAAAUCAGCACUUACGUACAAUGUUGAAUUGACCGGUGCACGCCUUUGCCAAUCAAAUCCUGGCACAUUACCUUGUUUCACAGCUAUGCGAACUAGUUCACCGACAAUCCUUGAUGCCUACCAAACAGCAUUUCUUCAAUGUGUUAUCAAAACAUACAAUCGUCCAACAAAUGUCUUCUGGGUUAUCGGUGAUGCCAUCGAAAAUCAACUUGUCAUCAAUCAUCAUUUAACUAUGAACCACUACAAAGGCGACCAUCUUCGACGAGUUUUUCCUCGUUCAAUUUUUGACUUUUCAGUUGAAUUAACAGUCAAUCGUAGUAUUCCGGAACGUGUAUACUCAUGUGUCAUCGAUGGUGCCUCGGAUACCGAAACAACCAUCUUCACCUACAUCGUUCGUACUAUCAAUUUGGAUCUUCCAUCAGCUAUGUCUCAAAACGUCACUGAAACGAUGAAACGCGAACAUACUCAUGGAGAGCAUCAUACAGUAGUUGACGCAACUGAAGAACCAUCAAAUUCUAAGGAAGAAGGAAAGUUCGAUGAAGAAGGUCUAUUUGAACCUGAAUUACAUGAAACAUCAACAAAAAUUUAA